ACAACGUACAGUCAUUCGAAAACUGCGCAUUGCGUAACUAUUGAGUUAUCCUGUAUUUAGUGAGAAUCGAAAAUAUGGAGGAUGGUGGAAAAGGAAAAUAUGAGGAUGGUCCAGGUCAAGUGUUUGAAGGAAAGUUUGAGGUUCGCGAUGUUGAAAAAAAAAGAGUUCGUGUACAUCGUAUCCUCAGCAGCCAAGAAAGAGCUUUGCUAAAUUUAGAUCAUCCAAACAUCGUCAAACUUCUUUACUGUAAAAGUGACGAUAAGUAUAGGUACUAUGAAAUGAGCCGGCAUUUGGCCACUUUAGAUCAGCUGUUCUUGAAGUCGGAUGAUGGCAGAAAAUACAAGGGACGUAUGCCACAUCAUAUCGAUGGUUUGCUACAAUUAGCUAAUGGUCUGGAAUACAUCCAUUCAAAGAAUUUAGUUCAUGGAGACAUCCAACCAGAAAAUGUCCUGAUUGCGGAGGGGUCUGCUGGCCAAGAUGAGAUAACCCUCAAAUGGACAAAUUUUGGGCUGAACGGAAGUGUCAGUGAAGCAAACCAAACCAGUCCUAUCAGAAGAAAUAAGGCAUGGUUAGCCCCCGAGUUGCUUCAAUUGUCAAGAAAUAUGGAAAAUGUAGAGGAAACAAGUUAUCAAGAUGGCGUCAAGAGCGACGUUUUUGCACUGGGACUUGUUUUCGGUAGUCUAUUCUUGAAUGGCGAACAUCUCUACGGUUCCACCGAAAAUGAAAUUGCCGACAACAUAGUUAAAGGAGAUCCCAUCAACAUGCAAAAAAUGGAUAGCAAAUUACGCGGCUGUUACGAGAAUGACUUAUUGAAAAGAACGUUGAAAAACGACCCCAAUGAAAGAGUAUCAUCGAAAGAAGUAGUUGUUCAAUUACAAUCGAUCAAGGAUAAGCUCACUGGAAAAGAAAAAGAAUUGCUUGAAUUGUGUGGGCGUGAUUCGCGAGAGGAUCUAACAGGAAAAAUCAAAGAAUUAAUUCAGUUGGGAAUUAACGUUAACGCAAAGGACAAAGACGGAAGGAAUGCGCUUCACCUUUUGUGUCGGUACUAUUCAAACCCAAAAUUAAUCGACGACAUUCAACUCUUAAUAGGAAACGGAAUCGACGUGAAUGCAAGAGACAAAGAUGGAAUGGAUGCCAUGCAUUAUUUGUGUCAAUACCAUUCAAGCAAAAACUUAAUUGACGCAAUUCAAGUUUUAAUUCAUUCCGGAAUAGACGCAAAGGCAAUAACCAACGAUGGAUCGAAUGCGCUCCAUUAUUUAUGUCGAGACAAUUCAACCCCAAAUUUAGUCGACGCAGUUGGUAUUUUGAAUAAAUUAGGAGUGGAUAUGAUGCUGCCGGACAACGCUGGAUGGCACGCAUAUUAUUAUUCGCUUAAUAAAGUUAACAAAGAGAUGAAAAUCUGGUUUGACCGCCAAAAACGAAUAGGGAAAGGUGGCUUUGGUACGGUAUUUAAAGGAAAGUUCGGAGGUCGUGAAGUGGCAGUCAAAAGAGUUGAAAUAGAUCGUGCCGAGAAGAGAGAAGAAGAAGCAAUGCUAAAGUUAGAUCAUCCAAACAUCGUAAAACUUUUUCACUGCGAAAAAGACAAUGACUUUAUGUACUACGCGUUGGAAUUAUGUGUCGCUUCGUUAGAUCAACUUUUCCUGAAAUCGGAUGAUCCCAAAAAAUACAACGAACGUAUGCCACCUCCUAUCGAAAUAUUCCGGCAAUUAGCUACAGGCUUGGCAUACAUCCAUUCCAUGAACUUAAUUCAUCGAGACAUUAAACCAGAAAACAUCCUCAUUUUGCGAAAGUCUGGAAAAAUUGAAGAGAUAAUAAUCAAAUGGUCUGAUUUUGGACUGGCCAAAUCCGUAAACGAAAAGGGAUAUCACUCGUGGUCUGGCGUGAAAGGAACGAGAACUUGGUACGCACCCGAAGUGCUGAAAAAACUCAUCAACGAUGAAAAGUCGGAAAACGAGGAGUUUUGGGGCACCGUCAAGAGCGAUGUGUUUGUCCUCGGCCUCGUCUUCGGAUGUCUUUUCUUGGAGGGAGAACAUUUAUUCGGUACAAAUGAAAAAAAAAUUCACCAGAACAUAAUUAGAAAUGAUCCGGUGAAAAUGAAGAAUAUUGAUGGCGAAUUGCGCAAAUAUUAUGAGAAUCACUUACUAACGAAAACGUUGGAAUACGAUCCGGAGAAAAGAAUCAAUUCGACAGAAAUCGUCCAACAACUGGAAUAUAUUAAGAAUAAACUGACUGAAAAAGAAAAAGAAUUUCACCAGCUUUGUGCUACUGACUCUUCGCCUGAUCUAGUUGGAAGAAUCAACGACUUUAUUCGCCUGGGAAUUAAUGUAAAUUCAACGAACAGUCUUAAAAGGAAUGCGCUCCAUAAUUUGUGUGAAUCAAAUUCAAGCCCAAAUUUAAUUGGCGCCAUUCAACUCUUAAUCCAACUGGGAAUUGAUGUGAAUGCAAAGGACUUAUAUGAAACGAAUGCGCUCCAUUAUUUGUGUAGAUCAAAUUCAAGCUCAAAUUUAAUUGGCGCCAUUCAACUCUUAAUCCAACUGGGAAUUGAUGUGAAUGCAAAGGACUAUUAUGAAACGAAUGCGCUCCAUCAUUUGUGUGAAUCAAAUUCAAGCCCAAAUUUAAUUGAAGCCAUUCAACUCUUAAUCCAACUGGGAAUUGAUGUGAAUGCAAAGGGCGAUUAUGGAAUGAAAGCGCUCCAUUAUUUGUGUAAAUCAAAAUCAAGCCCAAAUUUAAUUGACGCCAUUCAACUUUUAAUCCAACUGGGAAUUGAUGUGAAUGCAAAGGACAAUGAUGGAAGGAAUGCUCAAAGUUAUUUACGCGAUAAUGAUAAGAUUAGCAACAAGGACGAAAUCCUAAAACUGCUCGACGCAGCAGUUGUUGUUUGAAUCACAACUCGUCUCUAGGCGAUACAAUGCACUUCGACGGCGGAGAAUGAAAAUAUAGCGCCUUUCGCAUACUCUGAAUUCUUUUGCCACUUACCCCUUGAAAACUCAAAUAUCCCGCUUUCUUGGGUGUAUUGCUCAGGCCGACGGACUUUCAAAAGUAAA